AUGUACGAAGACCAAUUCAACAUAAAAAACAAACUGAGCAUGGGGCCGCACACGCUCGAAAUAUCCCCAUCGCUGUACGAAUCAAACAGAAAACGACUAGUAGAGGAACUCAAUAAGAUGCAAAAAGACUCCAUCGUGGUGCUGCAAGGCGGUUCUAAUCAACCCAUUUACGACACCGACGCUUCGUACCUCUUCAGACAAGAAUCUUACUUCACCUGGUGCUUCGGAGUGGUCGAACCCGACUGCUUCGGUCUAAUAGACACCGUAUCGGGCGAUUCCUAUUUAUUCGUACCCCAAUACCCCGUCGAAUACGCCGUGUGGAACGGCCCUCUACCCACCUUGGAAGAAUUCAAAAAGAAAUACAAAGUCAACUACAUCAACUACGUCGAACACCUCGGUCAGACGAUCAAAGAACUAAACCGAUCCGCGUUGCUCGUUUUGAACGGCCUGAAUUCCGACAGCCUGCUCAAAACGAAAGAGGCCAACUUCGAGGGGAUCGUCAUAUUCAACGUCGACCGGAUCAGUUUACACCCGGUCAUCAGCAACCUCAGGGCCAUAAAGACGAGCUUCGAAAUCGAAGUGAUGAAGUACGUGAUCGACAUCACGUCGGCCGCGCACCGGCACGUCAUGCGCACUGCCCGGACCGGACUGUACGAGUACCAAUGCGAGUCCGAAUUCCUGCACUACUGCUACAAAAACGGCGGCUGCCGGACCGUAGCGUACGCGACCGGCUGCGGGUCGGGCGUCAACGCGGCCGUUCCGCAUUACGGCCACGCCGGCCAUCCGAACAACGCUCUGCUCAAAACCGGCAUGCUGUGUUUGUUCGACAUGGGCGCCAGCUACUUCGGGUACUCGGCCGAUGUAACGGUGACGUUUCCGGCGGCCAAGCCGGGCGUUUCGUGGGUGGCCAUGCACCUGUUGGCCAAUCGAGUGCUGUUGGAGCAACUGAAGAAAGGCGGGCUGUUGCAAGGAUCGAUUGACGAAAUGGUGGAUGCUAAUUUAGCGGCUGUGUUCCAGCCGCACGGAGUCGGGCAUCUGCUGGGUCUCGACGUGCACGAUGUAGGAGGGUAUUUGGAAGGGUUUCCGGAGCGCUUACCGACGCCCGGUUUGAAGCAUUUAAGAACGGCUAGGAAAUUAGAGCAAAAUAUGGUGGUGACUAUAGAGCCUGGUUGUUACUUUAUCGAUCCGUUGUUGGAUAAGGCUUUGAAGGAUUUUAAUUUAUCGAGGUUCAUCGUGGCGGAUAGUUUAAAGAGGUUUAGGGGAUUCGGAGGUGUUCGUAUCGAAGAUGACGCUUUAGUGACCGAAAACGGAAUGAUCAACUUGACGAAAGUUCCAAGGACAGUGGAAGAAAUCGAAGACUGGAUGGCGGGGAAAAACGAUCACAAAUACGGGCCUGUAAGAAUUAGCGAUUUUUCUUUCGACAGGUAA